AGGAUCAAGAGAGGAGAGAGGGUUCGUCAAUGGCGCCGCGCUCGAGAAUCGAGAUUAUUAUUGCGCGUCGGUCUCUAAGGAAUUACGGGAUCACGUCGAGCCGAGGUUGAGGUCGCGAGUCGAGACGGCCGCCAUUUCGCACUCGGUGCAUUUUUCACUCCCUGCCGACGACUCACCGUCUCAGCCGCCUUGUGUCCGCGUUUCCGGACAUCCGACGCUCCCCGACCGCCUCGCUCGUUUCCAACUGAAUUUUAUGGCCUAAUAACACCCAUGGCAGAAGGUAACGGGGAAGUGACAAUAAAAAAUGAAAAUUCAGCAACAGAUGAUGACAGUGUCGAAAAAACAGAAGACUAUCCAAAACUAAUUGCUUAUGGACUGGAUGUAAAAGUAGCAUCAAAAUUGGACGAAAUUUAUAGAUCAGGAAAAUUAGCGCAUGCCGACCUUGAUGAACGCGCUCUCGACGCUCUAAAAGAGUUCCCAGUUGAAGGUGCUGUCAAUGUGUUGACCCAAUUUUUAGAAUCCAAUUUAGAACACGUUUCCAACAAAUCAGCUUAUCUAUGUGGGGUCAUGAAAACGUACAGGCAGAAGAGCAGGGGUGGUGGUACUGCUGGACCGGGGUCUGCUGGCAAUACCACUCCUGCAUCCACUCCUGCCAAAGGCCCUGACGAGGAUAAAAUCAAGGCGAUUCUUGAAAGGACUGGCUACACGUUAGACGUGACGACCGGCCAAAGGAAAUAUGGUGGCCCGCCACCGAACUGGGAUGGGCCUCCACCAGGCCCUGGCUGUGAAGUAUUUUGUGGUAAAAUUCCUAAAGAUAUGUUUGAAGACGAAUUAAUCUUAUUAUUUGAAAAGAGUGGCAAAAUAUGGGAUUUAAGGCUAAUGAUGGAUCCUAUGACUGGAACUAACAGAGGUUAUGCUUUUAUUACUUACACGACUAAAGAAGAAGCCCAGCAGGCGACUAAAGAUCUCGAUAAUCACGAAAUCAAACCCGGCAAGCACCUGAAAGUUAACAUUAGUGUACCGAAUCUGCGACUUUUCGUUGGGAACAUACCAAAGUCCAAAGGCAAAGAGGAGAUCAUGGAAGAAUUUAGUAAAUUAACAGCUGGAUUGACAGAAGUAAUCAUCUAUAGCUCUCCGGACGAUAAAAAGAAAAACAGGGGAUUUUGCUUUUUGGAGUAUGAAUCCCACAAGGCGGCAUCUCUUGCUAAAAGGAGGCUUGGGACUGGACGUGUCAAAGUCUGGGGCUGUGAUAUAAUUGUGGACUGGGCCGACCCUCAAGAGGAACCGGAUUCAGAAACCAUGGCUAAAGUCAAGGUGCUCUAUGUUAGGAACCUUACUCAAGAAUGCUCAGAGGAGAAGCUCAAAGAGGCCUUUGAAGUUUUUGGUAAAGUUGAUAGAGUUAAGAAAAUUAAGGAUUACGCAUUCAUUCACUUUGAUGAAAGAGAUCACGCAGUCAACGCUAUGGAUGAACUAAAUGGAAAGGACAUGGGUGGGUCAAGUAUUGAAGUUUCUCUAGCCAAGCCACCAUCAGAUAAAAAGAAAAAAGAAGAGAUCUUAAGAGCUAGGGAACGCCGAAUGAUGCAAAUGAUGCAGUUGCGAGGAGGAGGGUUCUCUCCACAGCAUCCAAGCAUGAUGGCCCCGUUGCCCAGGGGUGGGCCGAUGCCACGAGGUUCUUCUAGCACCAUGCGGUCCAUGGGACGUGGGGACUAUGAUUACGAUUAUGACUAUUACGGUUAUGGGGAUUAUCGAGGCGGCUACAGUGACCCAUAUUAUGAUGACUAUUAUCGUUAUGAGGAUUACUAUUACGAUUAUACUCCAGCAAUACCUCCGGCCCGUGGAAGGGCAAGGCAGCCGCAGCCGGGUAUCAUGGAGGGCGUUAUGGAGAGAGGAGCAGCCAGUACGGGCCUGAAUUCUGGGACCCAGGGUGGGCGUGGGCGUGGAACAGUGGGUCGUGGGCGAGCAGGUGGGCCCCAGGGUCGUGGGGUGGGGGCGCUGGGGGUCAGCAGCAACACCAGCAGAGUUCAGCAACCACAGCGGGGGGCGGGAACUCAAGGCGCACCUCAUCGUGGCCACCCCCACAACCAUCAGCCCGCCCGUGGCUCUCAACGCGCCAAGCAAAGUUUACCAGGUAAGCGUAAAUUGGAUGGGGGCAACCAGAACCAGGGGGAAACUAAGCGUCGCUAUCAGAGCAGCUGGGGAAACCAACCUCUUGCACAACAGCCUCUAGGAAAUACAUACGGAAUGAACGGAGGUGCCUAUAGCUCUACAGGAGACCAACAGUGGUACCAGGACUCUUACGGCAGCUGGAGUUAGGCUGUGACUUAACUUUUUGUGUGUUAAAUCUGUGAACGUUCAAUAACAAUAUGUAUAUAUUUAUCAACCAUAUGUAUAAUUGAAUUAUACAUAUGCUUAUAAAUAUAUAAAUAUUUAAAUGAGCAAGUCAGGGACUUAGCGAAGACGACAAAAACUUGUUUGUUUUGUUUUUGUUAUAUAUUUUUUUAGUCAUCUAAUUUCCAGUUGAAAUUUUGAGAAAUUCAGAUUUUUGUUUUUUGGUAAUGCAUUCAGUUUUCUUUCGAUCUAAAUAUGAAUUUGUCAAAAAAAAAAAAAAAAAAUUAAAUUAUAUGAGAGAAGAUGAGGAAAAAAAGGAUACCUACAAUAGUAUUUGUACAACGUUUCUUUGUUCAGCAGCUGUGUACAUUACCCUGUGGACCGAGCGUUUGGCUUCUGAACUUAUUUGUAACUGUAAUCUUAAAAAAAAAAAAAGAUAAUAUGGUUUAUAUAAAAGAAAAAAAAAUUAAAAACCUAUUUAUUCGUAGAUGUACAAAAUUAUAUUUUACUUUUGAGUCUUGAUAUAUUGUUUAUUGUAAAUGAACUUUAAACUUUUGUGAUUAGAGCUACAAGUAUUGCGAACAUUCCCCCUCCUUGAGCAAGAAAACACCUUUUUAUGUCUCAGUGUUGACCCACCCCCUUAGUUCUGGAGUAUCACAUCAAUUUUAGGGGGGCGAAACAACUAAAAAAAAAAUGAAAAAAUUAAAAGUAAAAAAAAAUCAGGUUUUCAUGCCCUUUUUCAAAAGCAACUGUUAUCGUUAUUGCUGCCUUAUUGUUAAACAAAUUGGUUACUGGCUUUGGUUCUCGUUAACAUUUUGAACCAUUUUAUCCGUUUUGAUAUAUUUACAUUUUCUUCUUUGUAGAAUACAGUUGUAGAUUAAUUUUUAUCUUCUAAGCACCAUGAAAUUUUAUUUCCAGUUCUUUUUUAUUAUUAUUUUUUGUUUGUUUAAUUUAAGUUGGCUGGCGCAAGAAGUUACUGUUAACUUGCAUUUUUUAAUGUUUUUAUGUUAUCUAGUUUAAAUUUUUUUUUCCAUUUUUUAUGAAAUAAAAAAUUAAAAACAUAUUUUUAAAACUAGCUUAAAAGCAAAGAAAAAAUUUAUAAAAUUUUGUUUAAUAUUUUUUUAUUACUUUCAUGAAAUGUUAAGCAUGUUAUGGGGGUAGAGUUUAGGCAUAUUAUAAUUAACGAUUAUAAAUAUAUUAAAAAAGAAAAGAACAAGAAAAAAAAACAAUGUUUUUUUUUCCAAGCUCAUCUUGGUAUACUUUUUUAAUUGGUGACCACAUUUUUUAACCCUAGGUUUGUUACAGAAUUACUAUGUUAAUACUAAUAUUUUGGUUUUAGUAUAUUUUAUGACAAUUUGUUUUCAUUUUUUCUCACUAUUAUGUUAAGGAAUUCGUUAUUUUUAAAAAGGUAUGAUCAAUACUCAAAGCAAAUCCCAUAAGUAAGUCUUGCGUCGUACUCUUAGUAAGCCGUAGAAUCGCUUUGCUUCUUAAUUUU